AUGGACGGUCUUGUCAUCAAAAAGUCGCGCACUACGCGUCGAGGAGAAUUGAAAAGAGUAUACCUUGGGGAAGAUUAUGAAGAGAUUAUAACCACUAUCCUACCGCCACCGGAGCCUCCACGAGACAUCAAGGCCUACACAUCUGAAAGAGUAAAAACGUCUCUUCGAUAUGCAGAUGCGACACUUCGUAACAUGAAGAGAAAGAUAUCCCCAGCUGGAGAAACCGCUCUCAAGUUGUACGAAAGUACUUGCAUCGAACUUCUAGAGCUGUUGGAUGAUGAAGAGGGGAUGUUGUGUGAAGACAUUCAAGGAAAAGCUGCCUGCCAGCUGGAAUACCAGACGCUUCUCAGCGAAAUGGAAAACUCGUUCCAAUACAACCUGUGUAUGAGACUCACGCACUCGGAGUCUGCGGCAGAGUUACAACAAGAAAUCUUAAAUCUACAGAGAAAUUCAUUCUACGCCCGGUACGGAGACUACUUCGCUGAACUAUGUUCAGCUCUAAAGGUAACGGCGGAGAGAUCCAAGCUCCCUGGCUGGCAGAAGCUCUCUAAGACAUACUGGACCGAGAUAUGUGAGAGGGUGAAAAAGGAGACAGAGAUAUAUGAAAGAUUCCAGAAGGGAGAGGAGGGACUACAUGGUCAGAUGCCGACAAUAUACGCAAUUCACUCGGCGUGUUUACAUCUGGGGUUAAAUCCGGACGAAACCAUGCAUAUCAUUAACCAGUAUGGGAUCCGAAAUAAUCUCUGUCACGCAAACCUACUGCCGCUCAUAAAACACAUGAGCUUUAAGAGCCUCGGGGAAAGGUUAUGGAAGGAUCGUUGUGACAUACCUCUGAUAUUCUCUGAAUCAGAUUCUGGAAGACGAGUCUUAGAGAAACUCCUAGACUCAAUCAUCGACCUUUGGUUUACUAAGGAUGAAAUUGAUCCCACCAACCCCGAAGGUUGGAACGCUACCCCCGAAUUAAGAGCCAAAUGUCAAGCCUUAAGAGCAGGUUCAACAACCGAGUCCGAAGCCCAGAUUAACAAAGAAAUUUCGAAGGAAAUAUCCAAGAAUUACAAAUCCAACUUACGUGCAUCGACUAAGGAACAUGAAGCAUCGCGCGUUCUCAAGGAUAUAACUGGAGAGGGGAGGCCACCGGGAAGAGUAGCCUCGAAAGACUACAAACAAGAACGUGAGGCCUUUAUUAAGAAGAAGAAGUCGUUUGAUGCUAUUAUGAAUUUAUCGCAGGAACUGCGAAGUCUGAUGGAUGCAUAUACGUUAAAUGGGAAAGAGGAGUUCAGAGCUCCGGAGGAAGUUGUAGAAGAUAACUCUUGA